CGGGACUUAGCUGUGAGGUUUCGGUCGCGCAGAGGAUGAUGGGAGUUCAUCCAUGCCGUCUCUUCUCUGUUUAAUCACCCGUUUCCUCGUUCAGGUCGCCGAACCUUUGUCUCUUCCUAAUAACCGAGCUGCCGGUCUGAUCCUCUGGUCUGACCCGGUACACACCUGCCCGGACUGUGACCCGGAAACACCUGAACACACCUGUGCGUCUGUAGAGCGUCUUUGAACGGACCUAAACGCGGGUUUUCUGCUGGGUUUGUGUUUGUACUGGGAGGACUGGGACACCUGUCACUGCUCACCUGACGCCGCCAUGUCAGCGGGGAGGUGACGGCAACAGAGCGCGAGACAGCUCAGGUGAAGAGGCGCGUGAGACGGACACAGGUGAGGACGGAUUUCAGAGGAAAUACAGGACUAAAGGUGGACCAACGGAGGAGACAUGGACCUCUUAGAUUCGGGACAGAAAUUCAGCCCGAGACAGGUGAGUCCGUGUGACGUCACAGGCCGACGUACAGGUGAGUCGGUCUCACCAAAAAAAAAAAAAAAAACCUUACCUGAAAACACAAAAACGGGAACAUUACAGUUCUCUGUUUAAAAAAACCACCACAAACCGAGCCGGGUAAGUAAUGCUGUUUUUAAAGGUUUUUAAUGGUUUUAAUGGUCUUAUAAACUAUCAGACUGGACGUCAUGACUCUGACGUCAGAAAACUGCUGCUGUUUCAACAACCAAUUUAAAACACAGGAACAGGAAAACGUCAACUUCACUGUCAACACAGACACCGAAGAGACUCAGGAGGGUCUCUGUGGAGACGGGUUCACAUUAAAGGUAGUUAAAUUAAAGUGAAUGUAGUUAAGUCAGAGUUAAAGGUAGUUUAGUAAAAGUUAAAGGUGGUUAAGUCAGAGUUAAAGGUAGUUUAGUUUAAGUUAAAGGUAGUUAGAUUUGGGUUAAAGGUAGUUUAGUUAGUUUAGUCAGAGUUAUAGGUAGUUAUAGGUAAUUAAGUUUAAGUUAAUUGAGUCAGAAUUAAGGGUAGUUCAGUCAAAGAUAUUUUAGUAAAAGGUAGUUUAGUUAAAGUUAAAGGUAGUUUCAUCAAAGUUAAAGGUAGUUUAGUCAGAGUUUUAGGUAGUUUAGUUCAAGUUAAAGUUAGCUGAGUCAGAGUUGAAGGUAAUUUAGUCAAAGUUAAAUGUAGUUUAGUCAGAGUUAAACGUAGUUAAAGUUAAAGGUAGUUAGGUUUAAGUUAGCUUAAGCAGAGUUAAAGGUAGUAAGGUUCGAGUUCAUUUCUUCAGUUAAUUAAUUUAUUUGAUCAUUGUUCUCUUUAAAACAGAUUUCAGUUCUCUGACCUUCACAAAAUAAAUCCUUUUAAAAAGAUUUUUGGAUAACCAAGUUCAGAUGAGAGAGAGUAAUAAGAAAAAUCAAAGUGACUCAUCAGGAAACAAAGAUUUGAAAUCGUCUACAGAUUUCCAAAAUAAAAUCAAAGUUAAAGUUUCUUUACGCUCAUUUUGGCCGAUACAGAAUCUACCUGUUACUAGAAUGUGUGGCUCCUCUGUAAAUGAAUGAUUUUUAAAACAUAAACUAAAAAUAAAUACAUUUAAAAUAAAUUAAUAAAUAAAAUACAUUUAAAAUAUCUGUUCGCUCUCAAAACGCUGAGAAGUUCAUGGACAGAAUAAAUACUGCAAGUUAUCUCCAGCAUCAGGAGUUAAAAAAGAAUAUUGAUUAUUCUUCGUUUAGUGUGAUUUGGUUUUUGCAGGUGAGAGAAAAUCUAAAGAAAACAGCAGAAAAUACAAGCGUAAAAAACACUGAAAAAAUGUGAGUCUGGUCCUGCAGAGUCCUGCACCGGUCUGUGCGCCUCUUAGAGCAGCAGGACCUGAAGUCAGAGCCGAGUCCUCCUGAGAGCGAGAAGAGAUGAACAUGGGUCAGAGUCAGGGUGUGUUCAGACUGUUGGCGUGCUGACGGUGCAGGACAAGACACGCCGACGCGCCUUGGAGACAUUCCUGUUCACCCUGUUUCAGGGAGACGGGUUCACCCAGUCAGAGAGAAAAAAAACAUCAAUCAUGUGAUCAGUGGAUUAAGGUUUGGGUUAUAGGCAGUAAAGUCAAAGUUCAAGGUAGUUUAGUCAGUGUUAAAGGUAGUUUAGUCAAAGUUAAAGGUAGUUAAGUUAAAGUUAAGUUAAGGGUAGUUAAGUUAAAGUUAAAAUAAGUAGGGUUAAAGUUAAAGGUAGUGUAGUCAGAGUUAAAGUGAGUUAAGUUAAAGUUAAAGGUAGUUUUGUUAAAGUUAAAAGGUAGUUUAGUCAGAGUUAAAGUGAGUUUAGUUAAAGUUAAAGCUAGUUUAGUUAAAAUUUAAAGGUUGUUAAGUUAAAGUAAAAGCUAGUUUAGUUAAAGUGAGUAAAGUCAAAGUUAAAGGUAGUUAAGUAAUAGUAAGGGGUGGUUUAGUUAAAGUUAAAGGUAGUUUAGUCAGAGUUAAAAGUCGUUAUAGCUAAAGGUAGUUUAGUAAUAGUUACUCUAUUCCGAGGUAAAGGUACAGUAGUUAAGUCAAAGUUAAAGGUAGUGUAGUUAGAGUUAAAGUUAGUUUUGUUAAAGUUAGAGGUAGUCAAAGUUAAAGGUAGUGUAGUUAGAGUUAAAGUUAGUUUUGUUAAAGUUAAAGGCAGUUUUGUUAAAGUUAAAAGGUAGUUUAGUCAGAGUUAAAGUGAGUUUAGUUAAAGUUAAAGGUAGUUUAGUCAGAGUUAAAAGUCGUUAUAGCUAAAGGUAGUUUAGUAAUAGUUACUCUAUUCCGAGGUAAAGGUACAGUAGUUAAGUCAAAGUUAAAGGUAGUUUGGUUAAAGUUAAAGGUAGUUUUGUUAAAGGUAAAGGUAGUCAAAGUUAAAGGUAGUGUAGUUAGAGUUAAAGUUAGUUUUGUUAAAGUUAAAGGCAGUUUAGUUCAAAUUAAAGGUAGUUCUGUUAAAGUUAAAGGUAGUUUAGUCAAACUUAAAGGUAGUUUGGUUAAAGUUAAAGGUAGUUUUGUUAAAGUUAAAGGUAGUCAAAGUUAAAGGUAGUGUAGUUAGAGUUAAAGUUAGUUUUGUUAAAGUUAAAGGCAGUUUAGUUAAAAUUAAAGGUAGUUCUGUUAAAGUUAAAGGUAGUUUAGUCAAAGUUAAAGGUAGUUUGGUUAAAGUUAAAGGUAGUUCAGUUAAAGUUAAAGGUAGUUUUGUUAAAGUUAGUUUAGUCAGAUUUAAAGAUAGUUAGCUUAAAUUUAAAGGUAUUUAAGUCAGAGUUUAAGGUUAUUUAGAUUUCCCAUGAUCAAUAAGAGGGCAGUCACAGAGAGAGGAUAUUUCUAUUGAUUAAACUGUGAUCAUAUAUUAGUUAAACUGUGAUCAUGUAUUGAUGACAGUGUGAUCAUGUAUUGAUUUCAGUGUGAUUAUGUAUUGAUUACAAUGUGAUCAUGUAUUGAUUAAACUGUGAUCAUGUAUUGAUUACAGUGUGAUCAUGUUUCCUUGACCAGGGCAGAGCAGCAGUCACUGAUCUUUUGCACGGGCAGAACUGUCUUGUCGUUGUUUCAGGGAUAAAAACCCAAAUCUAAAUCUGUUUCUGUAAUGUUGAUGAACAAACUAAAGUCUCAGUGACUGUCUCAGUUUUCUGUCAGAUUAGUCUUAACCAAUCAGAUCAGAGCUGUCAAAAUACUGAACACAGAGAGGCGGAGCUCCUGCAGGCUGUUAGGAAAUAAACAAAGAGAAAGAUGUUGUUUAAAGUUCAUCCAACCCCGAGGCCAGAGGAGAACAUCAGGACAUCAUUUCUUUAAACUCCCGAUUCACACACAGGAAAACUUGUUUACUUGGAUUUUAAGCUGAGUGAGAUCUUCUCUGUCUUUAGUUUCCUGUUAGGAUAGAAAAACGUCAGUUUGAUGACAUGAUCAGGCUCAUACCACACUUAUACUGGUUUAGUGGAGCGGGAAUAUGAGAUAAUAGUGCAAAUGGUGAUACAAGCAUGAAAUUUGGUACAGAGAUCCUUUAUACCACUACUAAUCAUAAUAUAACCUCUGGCCACCUGGGCGUCGCCAUUUUUCAAGAUGGCUGCCAGCUUUUAGAAAUAGCUGCCACCAGGUCAACGUUUUAGACUCUAUCACUCUGCUGCAGCUAUAAAUCUUACAUUUACCCUACCUUUGAAAUAAUAUAAUAUGUUUUAGGUAUUUAUACCAAUUAAAAACAACAUAUUAGGUUCCAAUAUGGCAGCAAAUAGUCACACUCUAAAUUGCUGAUUUUUGAAAGGAUGAUCAAAAUGGUGAUACAACCAUAUAAUUUGGUACAUAUGACCUUUAUAUGACCAUAUUUUAGAAUCAACCUUUGGCUAAGCAGAUUUCAACCAUUUUAAAAGAUGGCCGCCCAGAAAUAGAAAUGGGAAGAAUUCUGUAUUUUGUUGGUCAUUGUAGCUGCUGUUUGGAAGUUUGUCAUAUAUUUAUUCAUAAUAGAUCAGGGUUAUUUAUAUGUCGUAGACAUGAGCUUUUAUGAAAGGCCAUAUUUGUUUUAAAAAUGGCCACACCAUGUAACAUGACAAAUCCAUAAUAUAUUGUGUAGUGUCAUUACACUACCAGGGCACACUGGUUGACACUAUAGCUGUGAGACUCAGCAUGGGGUUCAAUGCUAGCUAGUAAAUUUGUCUACAUAAAUUGUCUAGUUUCCUAAAUGCUGUUUAGCUUGCCCCAAGUUAAAGUUAAACAGCCGCACCUGAAUUGACAGGAUGUGCCAGCACGGUAGAGCCGAGCCAAGGAAGAUGGGGCUUUAGUCUUCUGGAAGGUGUACAGAUCACACAGGAAUUAAAUAGCAUUGGAUGAAUGAUCGGGCUGGGGGUAGGAUAGUGAUCUUGUUAUUAUCUGAGCCCAGUUGUAUCCCAUACUUUAAAGUGUAGAGUAGUAUAGUAAGUUGUCUUUAAUAGGUGGUAUAUAAGGAUAAUCCCUCAGCCUAGACAACAGCAAUGGACACACAGACAGAAAUACACUCCAUGUCUUUGUCACAGGCAGAUAGUAGGCCUGUAUUUAGUCCAACCAAUUGGGAAUUAUGCUGUUUGUGCCAACAAAACAGCAGUGAAAGGUUAACUAAUGCCACAGGCAGUGGUUAUCUGACAUUGGCUAACAAUAUUCCCGAAUUUCACAAAAUGAACUGCAUGCCAAUUCUCUUUGACCCAAAGCGACUUGAUGAUGGUGAUGGAAUUUAAAAGCACAAAAAAACAAACCAAAACAAACAAAAAAAACCAAAAACACUACCCAAUAAAGUAGACAGAGGAGAUAAAAAAGUUAAAAAAAAAAAGUAAAACUAAACAGGUAAAUAUACGGAAGUAAACUGGUUUGUUUCCAGUCAACACUAUAACACAAACUUUUCUGUGUGAAGCACAAAACAGGCGAGCUCGAACCUUCAUCCCUCUCAGAUCCACAGCUCGUCUGUUUUUGUUCCUAAUGAUAUUCAGUUUUUUUCCCUCUGAACCCUCCAAGCAAACACGAAUCAAUCAAUCAAUCAAUCAAUCAAUCAAUCAAUCAAUCAAUCAAUCAAUCAAUCAAUCAAUCAAUCAAUCAAUCAAUCAGUCUUUAGUUACAUAGCCCUUUUCAUACACGACCAUGUAGUACAAAGUGUUUUACGCAGAAAAAAGAAACAAAAAAAACCCAAAUCUACCCCAGCCCAACACCUCAUUCCCACUCUAGUAUCUAAAUAGAAACAAAAUUAAAAUGCAUGAACUUAAAAAGGGCUGUAAUGUGCUCAGAUCAUUUUAGAAUUCAAGAUAAGGUAACACUGGAGGUUUAAAAUCUAAAAACAAAGUAACAUAAAAUGAAAUUUAAGAAAUAAUAAAUAAAAUGAAAUAAAAACAACAGUAAAAGAUACUAGAAUAAGAGCACCAAAAUAGCUCAAUAAAAGACGAUCCUGUCAUUAUAACUAGAAAGAGAUAAAUGCUGAAACACUUAAAGUUAAUGAUAUAAAAUUUUGUCAAAAGACUAAAAAGGUAUGUUUUCAGUUUGCUUUUGAAGUCCAAUACAUACCUCAUCCUCCUCCUCCUCUUCCUCUCAGGACCCGGACUGGGAUGUGGCGCUCCAGUUCCUCCCAGCGGCAGACUCCAGGCAGCUGGAGAAGAAGCCCGGCCGCAGGAAGAAGCUUUGGAUGGGGGUGGGGCUUCUGCUGGCGGCGGCGUCUGUGGCUCUGCUGACGGGGCUGCUGGUGUGGCACUUUCACAGUAAGCUCCUUCCAAAAAACUUUAAUUUCAUGAUGUUUUGUUAGAUUUUCUCCUGUUUGCACAUUUCAAUAUGAAGGUUCUCCCUGAAGAGAAAAACACCUGAAAUAGGUUUACAAAGACACGGGGGUCCUCAGACCUCCUACUGGAACAUGUGAGUGAUUCUGAGCGCCAGUUUUAGUGAAGAACCAGGAUGUCAGAGUAACAUUAGGAACACAGAGAGACUCAGUACUCAGAUAUUGAACUGAGGCUCAAGUACAGAAUCAGCAGCAUAGAAAUCUACAACAUACUCUUAUUAUCCAAGGAUCAAAAUAACUUUUUACAAACAAAGAGGAGAUGGGAGGCAGAGGCCAACAUCAACAUUUCUCAGGAGGAUUAACACAUUGUCUGUACUGAAGCACAUCAGGUUACAAACUCAACUACAUGGAGGGAAUUCAAAUGGAAAAUAAUAAGAUAUUUCAGAGGUCAGAGGGGAGGUCCUGCCUCAAGUGGAAGAGUUCAAGUUUCUCAGGAUCUUGUUCACGAGUGAGGGUAGGAUGGAGCGGGAGAUCGACAGGCGGAUCGGAGCGGCAACAGCAGUGAUGCGGACGCUUAACCGAUCAGUUGUGGUGAAGAAAGAGCUGAGCCAUAAGGCAACACUCUCGAUUUACCGGUCGAUCUACGUGCCAAUCCUCACCUAUGGUCGUGAACUCUGGGUAAAAGAACAAGAUUGCGGAUCCAAGCGGCCGAAAUGAAUUUCCUUUGUAGGGUGGCCAGGCUCAGCCUUAGAGAUAAGGUAAGGAGCUCAGACACUGAGGAGGCGCUCAGAGUAGAACCGCUGCUCCUCCACGUUGAGAGGAAUCAGCUGAGGUGGUUUGGGCAUCUGGUUAGGAUGCCUUCGGGACGCCUCCCGUUAGAGGUGUUCCAGACAUGUCCCACUGGGAGGAGACCUCGUGGCCGGCCCAGGACCAGGUGGAGGGAUUAUAUCUCUCGCCUGGCCUGGGAGCGCCUGGGAAUCCCCCCAAAGGAGGAGCUGGUGGAAGUGGCUGGGAUGAGGGCCGUCUGGGCUUCCCUCCUGAAGUUGCUGGCCCCACGACCUGGACCCAGAUAAGCAGUAGAAAACGACGACAAUAUUUCAGAACACCAGAGAUAGUGUCCAAGAUGGGUCCACAAUAUUCCAGUUCAUGUUGGAGAAACUGCUGAGCCCAAAUAGCGAAUCACACCCAGAUAUUUUGGCUCCACCCUAAAUUAAGUGAUUUUAGAUGGAGGUUUUCAACACCCUGAAGGAGGUUUUUAAAAUGAAGAUCCCUCAAUACUGGGAGUAAUACCUGAAGGUUUAAACAGGAGGUCUGAAAAAUAAAACAUCUUCAAAAUCUUAUUCAGUCUAGAACUAUCAGAACCUCCUCAUCCUAUAUCUGGAUUUAAAACGUCUGGGAUAUUUAUCAAAUGGAGCAGAUCCCAUUUUCACUAAGGCUUCAGAGGGCCUCCUUUACUGAAAGAUGGGAACUCUUGUUACCUUUAUUAGUGCAAUAACAGUUUAUGUUAAUGGUGUAAGUAUUUCCUAUCCAAGUACUGUCAUCCUGCUUCUGACUAGAAUCUGUGCCUAUAAAUCUGUAUUUUGGAGUGGACAUUGUUUAUUGUGAUGAUUAUUACGAUUAUUAACUUUAUCUGUGGAUGUUUGUAAAAAUACACAAACAGCUGGAAAAAGGAAAAGAAAUGUAUUGAGAUGUAAACACUGUAUUGUUGGGGUGAAAAAUUUAAUCAAAAUUAGGCUAAAAAAAAAAAACUGGAUCAGCUCAACAGGAACUAACCCCCCCCCCCCCCCCCCAUUCCAGUUCGGAGUGACGUGAGGGUGAAGAAGGUCUAUAUUGGCUCCAUGGGGAUCAGUAACCAGCCCUUCCUGCCGUCAUACGAAGACUCCAACAGCCCCCAGUUUUCACAACUGGCCUCUCUGGUCAAACAGCAGGUGAGAGGUCACCCAAAGCAUCAUGGGAGUUCACUGCAGCGAAUGUCCGUCUCAGUGCUGUAACUUUAAAAACGUCUUUUUCUUGCAGCUUAAACUGAUUUACUCCAAAAACUCUGUGCUCGCAAAAUCCUUCAAAGGCUCCUUGGUGCAGGCCUUCAGGUACAGGUGCUGAACUUUGGAGACAUCGCCCCCUGUUGGUGAAACUGAGAGUGACCUCCUCUCUCAUCUGUGUCUGUGUAGUGAAGGAGAGAGCGCCGACAGCAUGGUGGCAUAUUACCAGUCAGAGUUUGACGUCCACAUCUCCCAGCAGGCCUCACUGGACGAGGCUGUUCAGUCUCUGGAGCCGGCGGGAAGUCAGUCGGGCCGACACGGCCGCCUGCUGCUGAAACCCACCGAUGCUCUUGACGUCAACCACGUCAUCUCACAAGGUUGGACUUCUAAGUCACAAUCAUGCAUUUUAUUUUAUAACACUAGGCGAAAAUUACAUGGGUCAAUAUAUGAAAACAUACAACUUAACCCCCCAAAAAACCUAUAGAAAGGGUUUCUUUUCACCAUACAUCAUUUCUAUAAGGUGUCUAGACUAACAUAAUAUAAGUCCUAUGAAAUCCUAGUUGGAAAAGUAUGUUAAUUUCACCAGACAACAAUAUGCAAAUGAGCUCAUUAAAAUUUGCCCAAAAUACUCCUUUUCCCCUGAACUAUUAUCACAGUGAAACUAUCAUCACAGUGAAAGCACAUUGAAAGAGGGUGAUGGCAAUGUUGCUUUUGGAUUGGCCUCUAACCUGAAAACUGGUGUAGUCUUCAGGGUCACUGAGGCACACAAGCCUCCCCACCACGACAAGGUAGCAACAAUAGGGGAGGGUGUUUUUUCGUGUUUUUUUUUUUUUUUUUACACUUUUUUUUUGCUUUUGUUUUUUUUUUGUAUGUUUAUUUUUGCCUGGAUCCUCGCCACCUUCUCUACAUGUCAGUUCCUGGCUUGUUCUUUGCUUUGUUCUGGGACAGAGUUAAACCAAGAAAGGUGGUUUUGGUGUAUAUCCCUACGUUUGCCGUUCAGGAAUAGUGUAGGCCUGAAUCUCUCCAAUUCUCAGUUAUACAGAUCAUACUUUUGACUUCUAUACGUUCACAACCUAAUACUCAAAAUCAUUGUCAUCAACUUCUUCCAUGUCUUCAUCUGAACUUUCCACACUGUCUGAGGUGGAUGCUUGGUUCUCACAGUCUCCCAGUCUACACAUGUCAGUACUUGAGGCCAUUUGCAAUACAGACACUUUUUGGGAGUGAACAUUUCUUUAGACAGUUACAGGCCAGUAGAUCUGCUUAGGACCCUCCAUCAAAAGGAAAGUGAGUCAGCUCCUUGACAUGAAAACACUCUGCUGUUCUCUGAAUUGUGUUGUACAGGACUACUCCACCACCACUGACUGGCCUAUUUAUACUGUGUGCCUCAAUUAACUCAAUGCACAGCAUGUGUGUGUUGUGCACACCCAGCUCCAUCCAUUUAGACUGACUCAGGCCAGGUGUGGGUGUGACAACUUAAAUCACAGCAAGAUAAGGUCAAUUAAUAAGAGAGAACCAUCAGUUUGAAGUAGAAUGAUUAAUUCGGAUUUUGAAAACUCUGUUUUGGGAUGUGGUCAUAAAUUGAGUGAUAACACACAGAAAGCUACCACAGAUGCAAUGCUAUCACAUUUUUUCUAUUACUAGAGGUGUAAACCUACCCAAAAAUCACUAUGAGAAUUAUUCCCCCCAGUUGAUACCGAUGACCCCAUAUUUGGAGUCCUAGCUCAAGGCCUAAUGGGGAAAUCAAAGACCACAGACUACAACUACUAUUGUAGUAACUCGGCUGCAGCACCUUGUGGGCAUUUGUGGUAGUGCUCUGGAGUGGUUUAGGUCCUAUCUGGCAAACAGAACUAUGUGUGUAAGCCUUACUGGUUGUGAGUCCCGCCCUGCUCCUCUGUCUUAUGGGGUUCCACAGGGAUCAAUCCUAGGGCUGUUCUCUCUGUAUCUACUUCCUCUGGGUUCCCUUCUUAGAAAGAACGGUAUCUCCUUUCAUUGUUAUGCUGAUGACAGACAAAUAUAUGUACCAGUAAAAAAGAAAAGUGCCUUUUCUCUGAAACCACUUCUAGCAUGCCUUGAUGCCUCGGUUGAUUUGGGCCCCCCAAAAUGUGAAGCCCACAAUUUCUAACCUGGGUUUUAAUUUACCAAUCAAUCAAUCAAUCAAUCAACUUUAUUUAUAUAGCACAUUUAAAAGAACCACGUGGGUGGCCAAAGUGCUGUACAAUGACACAUAAAAACAAAUAAAACAAUCAAAGAACAAGAUAAAGCGAGCAAAAAUACAUUAGUGCAAAUAAUAAAUAACAAUAUAAAUAAGCAGGCUAACGGCAAGUGCUAAGAUGAUAACAAACAAAACAACACUACAAUGUAUUAAAAGACAAGGAGUAAAAGUACGUUUUUAAAAAGGGAUUUAAAAACAGGAAAUGAGGAGGCCUGUCUAAUUUUCAAGGGCAACUUAUUCCAGAGUUUAGGAGCAGCAGCGGCAUACGCUCUCUCACCCCUGAGCUUCAGCCUUGUACUGGGGACCGUCAGUAACAGCUGAUCAGCUGAUCUUGGGGGUCGGGGUGGGCAAUAAAGCUGGAGCAUCUCAGAAAUAUAAGGUGGAGCAAGAUUGUUCAGGCCCUUAAAAACAAAUAUUAAAAGCUUAAAAUGAAUUCUGUACUGUACAGGGAGCCAGUGUAAGGAUGCCAGGAUGGGGGUGAUGUGCUGACGCCUGCAGGUCUGUGUCAGGAGACGUGCAGCAGAGUUCUGCACAAGCUGCAGGCGGGCAAGGGAUGCCUGGCUUAUCCCUACAUACUAAGAGUUGCAGUAAUCAAUACGGGCAGUGAUUAAAGCAUGGAUUAAUUUUUCCAGGUCAGAUCUUGAUAAAAUGGGCUUCACCUUCGCUAUUUGACAUAAUUGAUAAAAAACUAAGAUGGACAGUCAUUUUAAACUGGACCAACAGAUCAGCGCAGUUUUUAAGUUCAGCUUUUUCCACCUUAGGCAAUUGGAAAAGGUGAAGCCUCCUCUUUUUGAAACAGUAAUCCACGCCUUCAUCACGUCUCGGCUGGAUUACUGUAACGCACUUUAUCAUGGAGUUAGUCAGUCUUUGCUCGCAUGUCUCCAGUUGGUCCAGAAUGCGGCCGCUCAUCUUUUAACUGGAAUGCAUAAGGGGGAACAUUACUCCCAUUUUAGAGUUCAUUUUAAGUUUCUUUUAUUUUGUUUUUAAACCAUAAAUGGUCUGGCCCCAUCAUACCUCUUUGAGCUGCUUCACCCCUAUGCUCUCAGGUCAGCUGACCAGCUUCUCCUGUAGGUACCAAGGUCUAAGCUGAGGUUCAGAGGAGACAGAGCUUUUUUUGUUGCUGCUUUUACAUUGUGGAAUGACUAACCUCUCCACAUUAGACAAGCUCCCUCACUGUCCAUUUUUAAAACCGUCUGAAAUUACACAUUUAUUCCUUGGCCUUUGACCCAGUAUGAGACUGCAUUUGUUUUAUUGCUUUUUAUCACAUUUUAAAACAACUAUUUAUUGUUGUUUUGAUGUUUUGAUGUUAUUAUAUACAGCACUUUGUGUAAGCUUUGGUUAUGUUUAAAGUGCUCAAUAAAUAAAGUUGAGUUGAGAUGAGUACUAAGACCCACCCCCCUAAGCUCUGAUGCAGAGCCCGGUCCGGUCCGGUUCACCUGUACUGACAGAUCCUCCUCCACAAAUGUUGCAGAUUAAACUUGUAGGUCUGUUUGUCUGUUUGUGUUUCUAAUUUCCUAUGUUGGCUCUGUCCACUUUCUUUUGCAGCUCUAGACUCUCGGAUGACCCGAAAGACUCUCUUUGGUGAGUAUGGUGUUCAGCAGGAGGUCCAGUUUGCUCUCAGAGGUUCUUCAAUACAUAACAUCCUCCAGAUUUCUCUAAGCAUUCUGGGUAAUCUCUUAUCUCUGUUUGUAUUCAGCUAAAAAGGUGUUUAACCUCCACGUCAGAGACGCAGGGAUGGUCCAGUCCCCAGGGUUUCCAGGCACAUCGUACCCCCCAAACGUUUACCUGCAGUGGAGACUGAGGGCAGACCCGGGUCACAGAGUUCAACUGGACUUCCACACCCUGAUUCUGGAGGAUGACUGUCAGCAGGACUUUGUCCAAAUCUACGACUCGCUGGCUCCCAUCCAGAGCCGGGUCCUGACCGAGUGAGGAUCUUUCCUGCUGCUGUGAAGAGCGAAAAUCCUUGUUAACCCUUUAUUCAAACGGUUUCUCUGCUGUCCCCCCUCAGACAGUGUGGAUACCCUCAUGAGUCCCUGUCCUUCCUGUCCUCAGGCAGCGUCAUGCUGCUGACUAUGGUCACCAGUGAGGAGAAGAACUUCCCCGGCUUCAGAGCCAACUUCUCCCAGAUCCCUCUGACCCAACCAGGUACGAUGAACAGAUCAGUCCCAGCAGGAGAUCCAGUUCCUACAUCCACAGAAAUUUAACAAAAUAUUAACACUGUGUCUGAAAAAUAAACGGUACCUGGAUUUAUGAUGAUGAUGGUGGUGGUGGUGAUGAUGAUGAUAAUGAUUAUGAUGAUCAUGGUGAUGAAGAUGAUAGUGGUGGUGAUGAUAAUUAAGAUGAUAGUGAUGAUGGUGGUGGUGAUGAUAAUGAUGAUGGUGAUGGUGAUGGUGGUGGUGAUGAUGAUGAUGAUGAUGAUGAUGAUGAUAAUUAUGAUAAUGAUGAGGAUUAUGACAAUGAUGAUGAUAGUAAUGAUGAUGAUAAUGAUAAUGAUUAUGAUGAUGAUAGUAUGAUGGUGAUGAUUAAGAUGAUGAUGAUGGUGAUGGUGAUGGUGAUGGUGGUGGUGAUGAUGAUAAUGAUGAUGAUGAUGAUGAUGAUGAUAAUUAUGAUAAUGAUAAGGAUUAUGACAAUGAUGAUGAUGAUGAUAGUAAUGAUGAUGAUAAUGAUAAUGAUUAUGAUGAUGAUAGUAUGAUGGUGAUGAUUAAGAUGAUGGUGAUGGUGAUGGUGAUGGUGGUGGUGAUGAUGAUAAUGAUGAUGAUGAUGAUGAUGAUGAUGAUGAUAAUUAUGAUAAUGAUAAGGAUUAUGACAAUGAUGAUGAUGAUGAUAGUAAUGAUGAUGAUAAUGAUAAUGAUUAUGAUGAUGAUAGUAUGAUGGUGAUGGUGAUGGUGAUGGUGAUGAUGAUGAUGAUGAUAAUUAUGAUAAUGAUGAUAAUGAUGAGGAUUAUGACAAUGAUGAUGAUGAUGAUGAUAGUAAUGAUGAUGAUAAUGAUAAUGAUUAUGAUGAUGAUAGUAUGAUGGUGAUGAUUAAGAUGAUGAUGGUGAUGAUGCUGAUGGUGUUUAGUCUCCUGGAUGUCUCACUGUGUAAUUUAUUUCUGUCCCCAGAGUGCGGGGGAACCAUGUCUGCAGACAAAGGUUCCUUCUCGUCACCUUUCUACCCCUCUAACUAUCCUCCUAAAACCACCUGUGAGUGGAAAAUCCAGGUGAGUACAUAUUUAUACAGCUUUAAACACACCUGCAAUACUCCCGGUCUGACCUUUAUGGUAUAUAAUCAGAUGUGGGAUGUAGGUUAUAACCAUUUUUGGGGCUUAAGAGAGGGUCCAGCACAUGUAAAGGAUUCAUCUUCUUUGGAUCAUGAACACCAGUCAUUUAAUAUUCUCUGUCUUUUUCAGGCUCCAAAGGAAAAGUUUUUAAAGGUUCAGUUAAACAAAUUCUUCCUGGGAAACAACAGUGUCCAAUGUCAUAAAGAUUACGUGGAGAUUAAUGGCCAAAGGUCAGAGGUUAAAAUCGGCCCUGUGACCGUUUCGGGAUGAUCUCACUGAGGUGAUCCUCUGUAGAUACUGAUCCAUCCUGAUAGUCUCUCUCUCUCUCUGCCUCUCUCUUUUAGACUGUGUGGCAGUAAACCUAAAAACUCUGUCAUAACCAGCAGGACCAACACCAUGACUGUCAAAUUCGUCUCCGACUCCUCCUACGUUGAUCAGGGUUUCACCGCUGAGUACGAAGCCUUCGUCCCAACGAACCGUGAGACAGCAGCCAUGUUUGUUCUGCCAGCAGUUUUCGCCACUUUCUCAGCCAUGCCCACAACUUCCAAAAUGGUGUUUCAUCCUCGUUUAGCAUCUUUGGGUGUUUCCUUAACUUCAUAUUGUUGUUUAGCUUGUCCCGGCAGGUUUCAGUGCACCAACAACCUCUGCCUCAACAAGACCCUGCAGUGUGAUGGUUGGAACGACUGUGGAGACGGCAGCGACGAGGACAACUGCAGUGAGUCCAGACCUGUGUGGACUCACAUCAUUGAGUUCCUGCAAAAAACGACAACAAACCAAAGAAGCGAUCCUCCCUCUGAAAAAUAAAAUCAAGUCCAGUUUCUCCUGAGCUUUGACCACGUCUCACACCCUGGGAUUUAUCACAUGAGCUCGAAAUGCAGACCUUCUAAGUCAGGGGAUAUAGCUGCAGUAUUUGGUCACAGUAUUUUCCACAGAUCCUGCAGCUUCUUAAGGAAAUAUCGCUGGUCUUCUGUUGAGCUGUAUUUCAGGAGAACAGACCUCAGGCCUUUGGGGGUGACAGCUUACUCUUCAGGUUCUGGUGUCCAUGGAAUAAUUGGUUAGCCAUUCAGGGGCAGCAUCCUCCAAAUGACCCGAUCUGUGGAGGAUGGACUUUAUGGUACAUAGACCCCUCACCCCCAAUUUCCACCACAUCCUGAACGUCUACGAAAAGGUUGUAUGUCAAUUUCCAUCGGCUUCUUUCCGUUCCUCUGCGGAUCGCCGGACUCCACAGCUAAUCAAGAGCUCUGUUUUUUUUCGGACGCCAGGGCAUGCCAGAUAAAUUCAGCACAGAUUAACCCGUGCUGGAAAGAAAGUCAGGCACAGACACAAAAUAAAACAUCCAGGUUCUUUUCAAAAUAAAACGCUCUGUGCUUCAGGUGGAUUGUAUUUCACACCAUGCAACGGGCGGAGAUGAACAAGUAAAAAGUUUUGGAAUGUCAUUUCACCACGAUGACACCAUGGAUGAGGAGAUGCUGAUUCUAGGAGUCUAGAAGUAGAUUUCCUCUGGAAGGACACAAUCUACUGCUUAUAUGUCUAUGUCUGUCUUUAUAGAGACAACUUGUUAUCACGUGAUUGCACGUAAAUCCGAAGGUUCUUGUGAGUUCCCUGCUGUCCGUAAUCCACCACGAAAUUCACCUCAUCAACGGAUCCGGUAGGAACUGGCAGAUGGCAAAAAUUGCUGCUGUUCCGGAUUGGAGGCAUUCCAGAUGUGGUGGAAAUCCCGACUAAGACUUAACUGAAACAGACAGUCUGGUCCAAAGACGGUGUCCUGUGAGGGUCACCUUUACCUUUAAGUUGCCCUUUGCUGCUCCUGGAUAGCUAACACCAUGUUAGCUAACCUCUCAUCUUAAAAGUAGCUGAAAGGUUAUCGUUGCUUUUUUUCGUCCAUAAUUUGAGGGAUAGGGUGGAGGCUAACCACUUACAUUACAAAGGUUUUGACUCUGCCUCCUGAGGGUCCAUUUGGUGUUCUGUCAACCCAUCUUAUAAAGAUGGUAGAUAUUUAAGAUGCAUCUGAGCCCAACGUAGGAGAGCUGGAGGAUCCGGUGUGUGUUAGUCAAGCAGAGGGGUUUACCAGACUGUGUCAGUGAGUGAUCUACAGGUCUAUGAUCAGCCAAAGACCCAGCCCACACCUUUAUCUUGGUCCGCACGGUGAUUCAAAAACUGUUGGAAACUCAAAAUCUCAAACGUCAGACCAGACGAUAGAGUGGACUCAGUCCCUGUCCACAGAGCGUCCUCUGUGCUGCUGGACAAAUAUUCUCCAGGUUCUUGGAGACGGACUGAACCAAAUUUUUUUUCUCUCCUCAGUCUGUGAGGCGUCUCAGAUGAAAUGUAAAAACGGACGCUGUAAACCAAAGUUCUGGGAAUGUGACGGGUUUGACGACUGUGGAGACAACAGUGACGAGGAGAACUGUGGUGGGUUUGACUGCAGACUAAGAUUAGGAUUUAGAGGAGGCUGCAGAGUUCCUGGUCCAUGACCCCAUAACCUCAUGACCGUGUCUCCUUUGUCUUUGUAGUCAAAUGUAAACCAGGUGAGUUCACCUGCAGAAACACCCGCUGCAUCCCAGAGAAGCUGCUGUGUGAUGGGAAGGAUGACUGCUCUGACGGAUCAGAUGAGGCGAAAUGUGAAAAAUGUGAGAGACGGUACCGGUCACUCAGAUUAAAGAAGAACAGGGUCAGUACAAGCAUGGGUUUGGCUGAGUGUUGUGGUGUGUACUAAUAUCUGUCUCCUGUGGUCCAGCUCUGGUGCUGCAGCGGUGUUCAGAGUUCACCUUUCGCUGCAGAGACGGACACUGCAUCAGCAAACUGAACCCCGAGUGUGACGGAGAGCCGGACUGUAAGGACGGUUCAGACGAGGAUGACUGCCGUACGUUUCGCUCUUUCACAAACUUUUUAUUUUCAGGUCCUCAGAGGACAGAUCCCUGCUUAGGUCUACCAAUCCACAGAUCCCUUCAAAGCAGCCUUAUCUCUACAUAGAAUAACAUAGAGCUGAACAGUAGGAACGGUUUCUACCUCUGACAGAGUGUACAGCCAAUCAAGAGCUGACCCAGACUCUGACUCUGACCCAGCUCCAACAGCUGCUGUGUUAUUACAGUCAAUACCAUACGUGUGUGUAUGUGUUCCUGUCUCCAGAAUGCGGGACCAGGCCGUACCGAAGCUCUCGUAUCGUUGGUGGCCAGGCAUCCCGGGAGGGGGAGUGGCCCUGGCAGGUCAGCCUCCAGAUCUGGGGAACGGGUCACGUGUGUGGAGCGUCGGUACUGAGUAACCGCUGGCUGGUGACAGCGGCUCACUGUGUGCAGGACAAUGGACCGAACAAGUAGGCAGAGUUAAACAGAGCUCGGUUUGACAGCAGAGUCAGAACGGUGACGUUUUUUCAAUUUCACCAGCUAAUAUGACCUCUGACCUCUACCAUGUGUUGUUCCAGGUACUCCCAGGCUGACCAAUGGGAAGCCUUACUGGGUCUCCAUGUGCAGAGUCAGACCAGUGAGUGGACGGUGAGAAGGAACAUACGGCGGAUCAUCGCUCACGCGGACUACAACUCGUUCACCUUCGACAACGACAUCGCGCUGAUGGAGCUGGACACCAACGUCACCCUGAACCAGAACAUCUGGCCCAUCUGUCUGCCCUCCGCCACCUACGACUUCCCCCCGGGCCAGGAGGCAUGGAUCACCGGCUGGGGCGCCACCAGAGAGGGAGGUGGGUGGAUGCUGAGUGAUAAUGAGCCACAUUUAAAGGGAUAUUUUAGUGUUUUCAAAGUGAGGUUGGUACACACAUGGACAAAUUUUUUGGUACCCUUCGGUUAAUGACAGAAAAACUCACAAUGGUCACAGAAAUAAUUUAAAUCUGACAAAAGUAAUAAUAAAUAAGAAUUCUAUGAAAAUUAACCAAUGAAAUUCAGACAUUGCUUUUCAGAAUUAUUUAAAAAAAAUAAACUCAUGAAACAGGUCUGGACAAAAAUGAUGUAACCCUUAACUUAAUAUUUUGUUGCACAACCUUUUUAGGCAAUCACUGCAUUUAAAUUAUUCCUGUAACUGUCAAUGAGACUCCUGCACCUCUCAGCAGGUAUUCUGGUCCACUCCUCAUGAGCAAACAGCUCCACUUGUUCCAGGUUUGAAGGGGUCCUUUUCCAGAUGGCAUGUUUCAGCUCCUUCCAAAGAUGCUCAACAGGAUUUAGGUCAGGGCUCAUAGAGGGCCACUUUAGAAUAGUCCAGUGUUUUCCUCUUAGCCGUUCUUGGUUGUUUUUAGCAGUGUGUGUUGGGUCAUUGUCCUGUUGUAAGACCCAUGACCUGCAACUGAGAGCAAGCUUUCUGACACUGGCCGGCACAUUCCUCUCUAGAGUCCCUUGAUAGUCUUGAGAUUUUAUUGUACCCUGCAUGGAUUCAAGACACCCUAUACCAGAUGCAGCAAAGCAGCCCCAGAACAUAACAGAACCUCCUCCAUGUUUCACAGGAGGGACAGUGUUCUUCUCUUGAUAUGCUUCAUUUUUCCUUAUAUGAACAUAGAGGUGAUGAAAUUCCAUUUUUGUCUCAUCUGUCCAAAGGACAUUCUCCCAGAAGCUUUGUGGCUUGUCAACAUGUAGUUUGGCGAAGUCCAGUCUGGCUUUUUUAUGAUUUGUUUCAACAAUGGUUUCCACCUUGGUCGUCUCCCAUUAAGUCUACUUUGGCUCAAACAACGAUGGAUGGUGAGAUCUGACACUGAUGUUUCUUGAGCUUGAAGUUCACCCUGUACCUUUUUUGUUACCAUUCGUAUUAUCUGUCUCUUUGAUUUGUCAUCAAUUUUCCUCCUGUGGCCACGUCCAGGGAGGUUGGCUACAGUCCCGUGGAUCCUAAAUUUCUGAAUAAUAUGUGCAACUGUAGUCACAGGAACAUCAAGCUGCUUGGAGAUGAUCUCAUAGCCUUUAUCUUUAACAUGCUUGUCUAUAAUUCUCUUUCUAAUCUCCUGAGACAACUCUUUCCUUCGCUUCCUCUGGUUCAUGUUGAGUGUGAUACACACCAUGUCACCAAACAGCAAAGUGACUACUUGUAGACCUAUAUAAAUGCCCACUGACUGAUUACAAGAUUGUAGACACCUGUGAUGUUCAUUAUUGGACACACCUUGAAUUAACAUGUCCCUUUGGUCACAUUAUGUUCAGUUUUUUCUAGAGCAGGGGUCGGCAACCUUAAACACUCAAAGAGCCACUUGGACCAGUUUCCCACAGAAAAGAAAACACAGGGAGCCACAAAACCUCUUUGACAUCUAAAAUGAAGAUAACAUUGCAUAUAUCUUUUUUUUUUUUACCUUUAUACAAAGUAUAUAAAAAACUGUAGCGAGUUGCAUUUAUGAAAUAAAUGAACUAUUUCGGCGACUGUCUGUCUUCUUCUGUAGUCAAACCGCAAGAUAUCAAAAUCUACCCGGAUACAGCAAUGCUGCUUUUUGAUUGGCUGUUCAGUAGAUAUACUUUAUUUGAUUGGCUUGUGCGUGGCACGCAGCUUCUGAACUCUCGGAGGAACUCAGUUGAUUUCCCCCAGUUCCAUAGUUGAAGAAGUGCAACUUGGUGGACAUCACCGUGUUCAUUUAAAUGCGUGAGAAAUACAAUGUGUGGUGUGUGAGCGUGUGAACGAGUGGGAAUGCGUGUGUCAUACGCUGAAUGCGUGAGACUUGAGAGCCCUGUGCUCACGCAUCAUCGAUGUACUCCCGAGCCAUGCAAAACGGUCUUUGCAAAUGUUGCACUGAACGCCUUCCUUGUCAGUCUUGGUGAAGUUUUCCCACACCACUGAUGUUUUAGGUCGGGAUUUGGGUUGGGUUGUGUCCAUGUUUUUCUCAGCCGCUGCCUCGGCCGUGGCUGUUUCUUUUCUGUGCGUCCUGCUGAUGUUAACACGCCGGUGUCCAUGGACAUAUAUAAAGACCCGACAAAUCGAUUACAGAAUUUGUUGGCAACGGAUUUUUUCGUCACGACGAAUCUACUUAAUCGAUUCGUUGUUGCAGCCUUAAUAGUUUAUUUACUGUUACAAGAGCAUUACAGUCUUUGAAUUUAUAAUUACAAAAAAAUAAAAAAUAAAUAAAAUAAAAUAAAAUGCAAUUAAGUAUUUAUUAUUUAUUUUCCAAAUCCACUGGGAGCCGCAGCUUAGGGAAGAAAGAGCCGCAUACGGCUCCAGAGCCGCGGGUUGCCGACCCCUGUUCUAGGGGAACCAUCAUUUUUGUCCAGACCUGUUUAACGAGCCUAUUUUUUUAAAUAAUUCUGUUGAACCACGGUUGAAAAUCAAUAUCUGACUUUCAUUGGUCAAUUUUUUUUUAGAAUUUUUAUUUAUUAUUACUUUUGUCAGAUUCAAGUUAUUUCUGUGAUCAUUGUGGGUUUUCUUUCAUUAACCGAGGGGUACCAACAAUUUUGUCCUCAUGUGUAUGAGCCUGAACCUUUAGGAAGAUCCUGCAAGGGAAACAGGGCGACCCUCGUGAUUUGGCUAAUGUAGAGACUCGGACCCAAGAACUCCCCUCAGUUUCAGAGUCCGCCUGCUGAGACAUCUUUCAGAACUUUACCAUCAGACAGACUCAGAGGUUUUGGGUUCUUAGUUUCAAACAGUGAGUCGAUCCAGAAAGAUGAAAUAUUUCUGUAUCCGUCAGGUCUCGCUGCAACCAUCCUGCAGAAAGCCGAGGUUCGAAUCAUCAACAGCACGGUGUGUAAGAGCCUGAUGAUCGAUGAGGUGACCGACAGGAUGCUGUGUGCUGGGGUCCUGAAAGGGGGCGUGGACGCCUGUCAGGUAACAAAAUUCAAUCCAAAUUCAACACAGCGCCAAUCAAGCUAAAAUACAGACUCAGCUUCUCAUGUGCUCCAUGUCCCCCUGCUGGACAUUAGAAGUAUUGCAGGUCCCCUCUGCAUUGGCAUCAGUUUUAAAACAUGGUGACGGACACUCUGAAGUCUUUGUCCUGGUUUAACCUCCUCUCUCUCCCUCUUGGACUGUUAGGGCGACUCUGGUGGGCCGCUGUCAGUCACUGGGCCCAGUGGGCGGGUCUUCCUCGCUGGCGUUGUGAGCUGGGGUGAUGGCUGUGCCAGGAGGAACACCCCUGGCGUCUAUGCCCGGGUCACCAAAUACCGCCGCUGGAUCAAGGAGAAGAGUGGCGUGUAGCUGGAGAACGGUGGCGUGUAGCCGGAGAGCGGCGGACGGACAGGUUCUCUGGAUGUCCCGUUUGUAGUUUUUCAAUGAACACUUUUUUUAAACAAACUUAAAUUAUUUUUUAACUCACUGCAGAAACUCUGUCUUACAUAGCGUUGAGUUUCUGAGGCCGUCUCUUCAGAACCACCAACAUGAGGACUUUUUUACAGAUUCACAAACUUUUCAAUUUUUCUGAUCAGAAGAAAAAAGAUUUCUUCGAUGGCUGUGAUCUUAGUGCCUAGAAUCAUCUGCAUAGGUCUCUUCGAUGAUUUGUGGAAAACUGAGUUUCUUUAUCACCUGGACCCAGUUUAGCAUCAAAUGAAAUGUUCAGAUUGUCCUUUUAAGUGUCGGACCGCACACCUGAGAGGUAAAAACUUCCAUUAUAAAUCUGUCUUAAAGUUUGAGUAACUUUAGUUUCUGACACUGAAAACCUUGGAUCUCUGUGAAUUAGAUUUGUUUUCUCAGAUUAAACUGUAAGUAGUUUAGAUAUUCCUAUUUUAAAAUCCUGUUUUUAAAGACAGGAAUGUUUAAAAAGAGGAUUUUCAAUGACAGAGUUUAUAAUUUGUAGUUCGGAUGAACUCUUCUUACUUCGACUGUAAAUAAAGACGAACAGAGACGCUCUCAGUGAGAUGCUCGAAUCUGGUCAGGUACAGACGUCAUCCUUCUUAACUGGACCACCUCUGAAGGAAACCAGGAAUCCUAAAGUUCCUAAUGACACCAACAGUUUCGAAUCCCAUCACUAAAAACUGACCAUCAAAUACAGUCGUGCUCUUAUUCUCUUUUUAGAGCAUCCAUAAAUCAAAACCACUCGACCCUCACACAUGCUGACGGUGAUGGUCAUGUUUUUAAGUUUAUGUGGAUCCUAAUCAGCAGGACACGGACAGGAAGACCAGUUACAGGUCCGGUCCCGUCAGCCCUCCCUCUGCCUCAGUGUUAACCCCAAAAUCCUCCACAUCCAAAACGUCUACGUAAAGGUUGUAUCCUCCUAUCACAGCCGAUUGUAACCAUUCAAGUUAACGUGUCAAUUUCCACUGGCUUCUUUCCGUUCCUCUGCAGAUCACCAGACUCCUCAGCUGAUCGCUGCUCGGCAGAGACGGAAAAGUAAAAGGUUUUUAGACAUCAUGGAAGAGGAGAUGCUGAUUCUAGAAGUUAAGAAGUAGAUUUCCUCCUCUGGAAGGACAUAAUCUACUGCUUAUAUGUCUAUGUGUCUAUCUUUAUGAAGACAACUCGUUAUCGCACGAUUAAACGUGAAUCCGCGGGUUCUUGUGAGUUCUUGCGAUUACCGCUUUCUGUAAUCUAUCACCAAACUUGCCUCACCAAUGAAUCCGGUAGGAAUUGGCAUAUGGCGAAAAUUGCCGAUGUUCAGGAUCCGAGCCAUUCCGGAUGCGGUGGAAAUCUGAGGUUAGUCCUCAAAGGUCCCGUAUAAGUUAGUGGCAGGCUGAUUCUGGAGACUUGAGCGGACUCAACAGACUCGCUGUAACCAAACAUCCUGGUGUCAGUCAGCUGGGAGGAGCUCGCCAUGUUUGGUGGGCUGUCAUGUCAUCCAUGUUUGUAUACAGUCUGUGUCGGGGUCUGUGGUUCUUUGUGGUUCUGGCCCAGAUAAACUCCUCUGAGUAUCUGCAGGAGUCCUCAGGGACUGGUCUUUGGUGCUCCAGAGAUUCUUCUCAAACAAAUACAGUUGUUAAAUUUUAGUUUACCUGAUCAUCCCUAUGAACUUCAGAGUUUCACCAUAUUUGAAAGAUCCUUUUAAGGAUCCUGAGAGCCCUGCAGGACUCUACAGAGUUCUGACUUAUCAGAGCAGAUGGAUCCAAACAUUUGAAAGUCAUAAACUCACAUUUUUAAAGGUUCGACUUUUCUGUGGGGUCACAGUCAGUGUCUCUUUGUGUGGGUUAGAGUAGAAAUUGAAAUAUUCAGUGUUUCAGGUGUUUAAGUUUCUCCUGCUGCCUUGUCCGUGAACAGUGUCUCUCUGAUUUCUGCUGGUUAUAGAUUUAUAUAUAUAUAUAUAUUGUAUGUAUAUAUUGUAUAUGUUGGACAGUUUUUCUUCUUCUCCCACGUCUGUACCCGCUCUGUCCUGGUUCUGUCCUCUCUUCACUGUCCAUUUAGGUGAUUUUAGUUCUGAGAAUGUCUUUAUAAUGUCAAAGAUUGAAUUUGCUGCUGUUUGAAAAGAUGGUUCAGAUGGUUCAUAAAUUAUUUUUAGUUUUUUAGCAGUUUAGUUCAUCACUCUGCUCUGCUUAGUGUUCGGAUAGUUUUAGCCAAUGACAGGUUUGGUUUAUCAUUAAAUACUUCAGUUUGAAUUGAUAGUCUACAACGGAGUAUUAGGACCACAUUAAGAAAAAAAAUUUGACUUAGUAAUUACUUAUGAUAAUAAAGUCAUUAUAAAAUCAUUUCUAACUAGAAUAAAGUCGUAAUAAAAUCAUAACUUACCAGAACAAAG